UUUAUCCCGUGCAGUACUCGUUUGGAGUUGGAGGAAACUGCGAAAAGGGGUGGGGGCAUAGCGCACCUCGACAUACCAUCUUAACAGCGUGCAUGUGUAUGACAGUAAGGACUCAUCCCAGGAGAUGAGCUUAUAUUGCUCCCGGAGGGGAUCACGCCGCACUUUUAUGCUAAUACCUUCUGAAGGAGGGGAGCUGCGUAGCCAUUUUGUAGUCAUUUAAAACUUAACGUGGGAUAUAAUGACGCCCCGGUCCGAGGCUGCAACGCCUAGGUGGUCUUCUUAACUUUGCAGACUUUCACAUGGAUUACAAAAGACAGCCGGAGUGCGAGGACGAAAAGGGCAAAUGCCGUUUUCGGGGGUUCUUGUGAAAUUAUGUGGAUGAUCUGAGUUUUUGAGAUUAUGGAGCUGACAAUAAAGUGGAUCUGGGGGUACUUUCUGCUCCAAGUCCCGAUGCUGGUAUCUUUACAUUCACAGGCUUUAUCUCCCGGAGCCGCUUGGGCAAAUACAUCUGUUGGUCCCGGCUGGAUUUCUGAAACCGACAGAACUAUAACGCCUAAGUUUGUGUGGAGUUUAUUAGAGAUCGAGGGGCGACACGCAGUCUUGGCGCUGCCCCGUAAGGUGCGCUGCGCACCUCUGCACUGGAACCCAGCGCCGUUGUUUUCCAGGAUCAAAAAACCGGAAAAAUUCACUUUAACGCAUUUUCUUCCGUUUCUGCAUGGACAGGACUGCUUCAUCAAAUAUAAAAGAAAGAGCAGAGCAGGCAAGCCCGUUACGUACAUUAAUUACUUUUCCAGGAUAGAGGCAAAUUCCUUCUUUACUGCAGGUAAGUUGACGUUAAAUGUCAAGGACCUUUCAUUUGUUCUGUUUGGAAAUUUACACCUGUACAAUUUGUCCUGCACGGGAACAAGCUUGCAGGUGUUUUUGAGUAACGGGAGCGUAACGACGGAGUGGGAGCAGGAGCGCAGUCGCCAAGCGGUUGAAGGCGCUGAGGCGUCUUUGCUUUGCAUGCUGCCGACCUGGCAAGAGGACGCCGCGUCCGUGCGUGUCAAGCUUAGGUUUAUGACAACACGCACAGACGGAGCACAAUCGGAGGGCAACCAUACAGACAAAAGACGGAGGAGGAACGUUAACACCGCUCCUCAAUUUCAGCUGCCGAACUAUCAGGUGUCGGUGGCUGAGAACGAACCGGCUGGGACCCGAGUUUUCACCCUCAAAGCCGUCGAUUUAGAUGAUGGAGAAGCUGGGAGAAUUGAAUACAGCAUUGAGGCUCUCUUCGAUAGCAGAUCCAAUGAUUAUUUUCAAAUCGAAUCACAAACUGGAAGCAUCACAACCAUGCAGCCUUUGGACAGGGAGAUCAAAGACACUCACGUCUUUAAAGUCACAGCAACUGAUCAUGGGAUCCCUCAGAGGUUGGGAACAACCUAUCUUACUGUCACUGUGAAGGACACCAAUGACCACGAGCCAGUGUUCGAACAGACGGAAUACAAAGUCAGUAUUCGGGAAAAUGUGGAGGUCGGCUAUGAGGUGUUGACCAUCAGAGCUACAGAUGGGGACGCGCCGUCGAAUGCUAAUAUGAUAUAUAAGAUAUUGAAUGGAGAUGGCGUGAACUCAGACUUCGAAAUUGACUCUUGGAAAGGAUUAGUUAAGAUCAAGGUUCGGCCAGACCGAGAAACAAUAUCCCAGUACCAGCUGAUGGUGGAAGCCAACGACCAGGGCAAAGACCCUGGACCCCACAGCGCGACAGCCACAGUGUACAUCACAGUGGAAGAUGAGAAUGACAACUACCCCCAGUUCAGUAAGAAGCGGUACAUUGUUCAGGUGCCAGAAAACAUCGCGGUCAACACCGAAGUUGUCCAGGUGGACGCCACAGACAAGGAUGAGGGUAACAAUGGCAAGGUGACAUAUAGCAUCAUCAGUGGAAAUGUGCGGGGCCAGUUUUACAUCCACUCGCCCACGGGCAUCAUCGACGUCAUAAACCCACUGGAUUAUGAGACGAUCAGGGAGUACAACUUGCGGAUUAAGGCACAGGAUGGUGGCCGUCCACCUCUGAUUAACAGCACUGGAAUCGUGGUUGUGCAAGUGGUAGAUGUGAAUGACAACAUCCCCAUGUUUGUCAGCACGCCAUUCCAAGCCACUGUGCUGGAAAACGUGGCCGUUGGAUACUCUGUGAUUCACAUCCAGGCUAUAGAUGCAGAUUCCGGAGACAACGCCCGCUUGGAAUACCGGCUGCUCGACACCACCCCGGGCUUCCCCUUCGCCGUUAGUAACAGCACUGGGUGGAUCACAGUCAGUAUGGAGCUAGACAGGGAGACCAAAGAAUUUUACACCUUUGGAGUUGAAGCACGGGAUCAUGGGAUCCCUGUGAUGUCAUCAUCAGCCACUGUCAGCAUUACUGUGCUAGAUGUGAAUGACAAUGUCCCCACCUUCACUGAGAAGCUGUACUCUCUGAAAAUCAAUGAGGAUGCUGUGGUGGGGACAAGUGUGCUCACUGUCACAGCUGUGGACCGGGACAUAAACAGUGUGGUGACAUACCAGAUUGCCAGUGGAAACACGCGCAACCGCUUUGCUAUCGCCAGCCAGAGCGGAGGUGGCAUCAUUACCCUGGCAUUGCCACUGGACUACAAGCAAGAACGGCAGUAUGUGCUGUCAGUCACCGCCUCAGAUGGCACCCGCUACGACACUGCUCAGGUCUGCAUUAACGUCACUGAUGCCAACACCCACCGGCCUGUAUUCCAGAGUACCAACUACCAGGUUCUGGUCAGUGAAGAUAAGCCUGUAGGCUCCACAGUGGUAGUCAUCAGUGCCACGGAUGAAGACACGGGUGAGAAUGCUCGCAUUACCUAUAUUAUGGAGGACAAUGUGCCUCAGUUUAAGAUUGACCCAGACACAGGGGCCAUCACAACUCAGAUGGAGAUUGACUAUGAGAACCAGGCCUCCUACACACUGGUUAUUGCUGCCCAUGACAAUGGAAUCCCUCAGAAGUCUGACACCACCUAUGUGGAGAUCAUCGUUAUUGACGCCAAUGAUAACGCUCCUCAGUUUCUCCGGGACAUGUACCAGGGCAUGGUGUUUGAAGAUGUUCCAGUUUACACCAGCGUGCUGCAGAUUUCAGCUUCAGACAGGGACGCUGGAUCCAAUGGGAGACUGAGUUACACCUUCCAAGGUGGGGAUGAUGGGGACGGUGAUUUUGUCAUUGAGCAGUAUUCUGGAAUCAUCAGAACAGCCAGGAAGUUGGACAGAGAAAAUGUACCCGUGUACAGCCUGAAGGCCUAUGCUGUAGAUAAGGGUAUUCUUCCACUGAAAGCAGUGGUGGACAUCCAGGUGUCUGUGCUGGACAUAAAUGACAAUGCUCCGGUGUUUGAAAAGGAUAGGCUAGAUAUCUUUGUGGAGGAAAACAGUCCCAUGGGCUCCAUUGUAGCACGGAUCACUGCUACAGACCCAGAUGAGGGUACCAAUGCUCAAAUUCUGUAUCAGAUUGUGGAGGGGAAUGUUCCAGAAGUUUUCCAGCUGGAUAUUUUUACAGGAGACCUGAUCACAUUGGUAGACCUAGACUAUGAGUCCAAAACGGAGUAUGUGAUAGUUGUCCAGGCCACAUCAGCUCCUCUGGUCAGCCGCACCACUGUAUAUAUAAAACUUGUGGAUGUAAAUGACAAUGACCCAGUCCUGCAGGACUUUGAGAUCAUCUUUAACAACUAUGUCACCAACAAGUCCAACAGCUUCCCACCUGGGGUGAUCGGGAAGGUACCUGCUCGUGACCCUGAUGUGUCCGACAAACUCCACUACAGUUUUGUGGAGGGGAAUGAGCUGAGUCUUCUCCUCCUGGACCAGAACACUGGAGACCUGAAGCUCAGCAGGGCUCUGAACAACAACCGACCCUUGGAAGCAGUCAUGAAAAUGUCAGUCACAGAUGGGCUGCACCGCGUCAUGGCGCUGUGCACACUGCGCGUCACCAUCAUCACCGACGACAUGUUGACCAGCAGCAUCACGGUCCGCCUGGAACACAUGUCACAGGAGCGCUUCCUGUCGCCGCUGCUGGCACUCUUCACGGAGGGCGUGGCCGCCGUGCUGUCCAUCAGCCGCCACGACGUCUUCGUCUUUAACAUCCAGAAUGACACAGACACCCGUGGCGGUGUGGUCAACGUCACCUUCUCGGCGCUGCGGCCCGGCUCCGGCCCGGCCCGCUACAUCCCGUCGGAGGAGCUGCAGGAGCAGGUGUACCUGAACCGUACGCUGCUGCGUCUGGUGUCCGGCCAGGACGUGCUGCCCUUCGACGACAACAUCUGCCUGCGCGAGCCGUGCGAGAACUACAUGAAGUGCGUGUCGGUGCUGCGCUUCGACAGCUCGGCGCCCUUCAUCGCCUCCGACACCGUGCUCUUCCGGCCCAUCCACCCCAUCAACGGCCUCCGCUGCCGCUGCCCGCACGGCUUCACCGGCACCUACUGCGAGACCGAGAUCGACCUGUGCUACUCCGGGCCCUGCCGCAACAACGGGCGCUGCCGCAGCUGCGAGGGCGGCUACACCUGCGAGUGCCUCGAGGACUUCACAGGCGAGCAUUGCGAGGUGGACGCCCGCUCUGGCCGCUGUGUGCCCGGUGUGUGCAAGAAUGGCGGCAGGUGUGUCGACCUGCUGGUGGGGGGGUUCAUGUGCCAGUGCCCCCCGGGGGAGUACGAGAGGCCGUACUGUGAGAUGACCACCCGCAGCUUCCCGGGACAGUCCUUCGUCACCUUCCGGGGCCUGAAGCAGAGGUUCCACUUCACCGUGUCCUUUAUGUUUGCCACGCGCGAGAGGAACGGCCUGCUGCUCUAUAACGGGAGAUUUAACGAGAAGCAUGACUUCAUCGCCCUGGAGAUCGUGGAAGAGCAGGUGCAGCUGACCUUCUCUGCAGGAGAGGCUAAGACAGUUGUGACGCCAUUCAUAGCGGGUGGCGUCAGCGACGGACAGUGGCAUUCCAUCCAGUUGCACUACUACAACAAGGACAGCCUGCACUUCCCGGACUCCACUGGGGCGUUAGGGGUCUCCCUUUAUACAGCCUGGCUGGAGCUGAAACAUAAGGAGCCCAUCAUCGGACGCCUGGGAGUCCCUCACGGACCCUCGGGAGAGAAGGUGGCGGUGGUCGCCGUGGAUGACUGUGACAUCGCCAUGGCAGUGCGUUUCGGCAGCCAGCUAGGGAAUUACUCCUGCGCCGCCCAGGGGACCCAGACAGGACCAAAGAAGUCCCUGGAUCUGACUGGGCCGCUUCUCCUGGGUGGCGUGCCAAACCUGCCCGAGGACUUCCCCGUGCGGAACCUGGACUUCGUGGGCUGCAUGAGGAACCUGACGAUCGAUAGCAAGCCUAUGGACAUGACCAGCUUCAUAGCCAACAACGGAACCACCGCAGGCUGUGCCGCGAAGAGGGACUUCUGCAGCACAUCUGUGUGCCAGAACGGGGGCACAUGCGUGAACAGGUGGAACACAUAUUACUGUAACUGCCCACUGGGCUACGGAGGCAAGAACUGUGAGCAAGCCAUGCCGUCCCCCCGGCACUUCGACGGACAUGCCCUGGUGUCGUGGUUCGACCCGGACAUCACCAUCACAGUCCCCUGGUACAUGGGCCUGAUGUUCCGGACCCGGCAGAGCCACGGGAUGCUGAUGCAGGCUAAUGCCGGAGCCUCUUCCAGAGUCAAUCUUCUGGUGAGCUACUUCGGGAUGGACUGCAUGGACCCCUGUCAGCUGAACCCCUGUGAGCACGUUUCCAGCUGUGUGCGCAGGCCCGGCUCCGCCCACGGCUCCGCCCACGGCUACGCCUGCGAAUGUGGACCCAGCUACUACGGCCAGUACUGCGAGAAGAAGGUGGACCAGCCCUGUCCUCGUGGCUGGUGGGGGCACCCAGUCUGUGGGCCCUGUAACUGCGAUGUCAGCGAAGGAUUCAACCCUGACUGCAACAAGACGACAGGGGAAUGCCGGUGUAAGGAUAACCACUACAGGCCAGAGAGCGAAGACACCUGCUACCCAUGUGACUGCUUCCCGGUGGGCGCCCAGACCCGCACAUGUGACCCUCACACUGGCCAGUGCACCUGCAAGGCGGGUGUCAUCGGGCGCCAGUGCAACCGCUGCGACAACCCAUUCGCCGAGGUGGCGGGCACUGGCUGCGAGGUCGUUUACGAUGGCUGCCCCAAGGCCUUCGACGCGGGAAUCUGGUGGCCCAAGACCAAGUUUGGCCGUCCAGCUGCAAUAGACUGUCCAAAGGGCUCGUUCGGCACAGCAGUCCGACACUGCAGCGACGAGAAGGGCUGGCUUCCUCCCAAUCUCUUCAACUGUACCACCAUGACCUUCUCCCAGCUGAAGACACUGAAUGAGGAGCUGCACCGUAAUGAGUCCUUGAUGGACUCAGAGAAAUCCAAGAGCAUUGCCCGCAUGCUCCAGAAUGCCACUGAGCACAUGCGCCGCUUCUAUGGAAACGACGUCAGGACGGCGUACCAGCUGAUCCUGCGGGUCCUGCGAUAUGAGAACCAACGGCAGGGCUUCGACCUGGCAGCCACUCGGGAUGCCCAGUUCAGCCAGAACAUCAUCAGAGCAAGCAGUGCCGUCCUCGACCCAAAUAAUAAGGAGCACUGGGACCAAAUCCAGACAUCCGAGGGUGGAACGGCUCACCUGCUCCGGAACUUUGAGGAGUAUGCCAAUAACAUGGUCCAGAACAUGAGGAAGACCUACCUGAAACCUUUCACCAUUGUCACGGAAAAUAUGAUUGUUGCUGUCGAUUAUCUGGAUACCUCCAAUCAAGACCAGGCCAAGAUGCCACGUUUCCAGGAUAUCCAGAAUGCUUAUCCCAAAGACCUGGAGUCUUCCGUGCGGUUUCCGGAAUUCACUUCCAAAUUCAGCCAGGAUGAAGUAGAACACAGAGGGGAUCCUUCUCUUCAGACCAAGGGCCGCACCAAGAAGAGACGUGAUGCUGAGAAUGUUGUCCCUCUUCCAGUUGCCAUGGUGAUCAUCUACAGGUCACUGGGCCAACUGUUACCAGAACACUAUGACCCAGACCGUCGGAGUUUGAGGUUGCCUACCCGCCCAGUUAUCAACACCCCCAUCGUUAGCACUGCUGUCCACAGUGAAGGGGGACUUUUGCCGAGCCUCCUGGAAAAGCCAGUCAUCUUGGAAUACACCUUGCUGAAGACUGAGGACCGGACCAAACCUAUUUGUGUGUUUUGGAACCAUUCCAUUGCGAUUGGAGGGACGGGCGGAUGGUCCUCGAAGGGCUGUGAGCUGUUCUUCAGGAAUGCCACCCACAUCAGCUGCCAGUGUAACCACAUGACCAGUUUCGCCGUGCUCAUGGACAUCUCUAAGCGAGAGCAUGGGGACGUCCUGCCCCUGAAGAUUGUCACUUACACCGCGGUGUCGGCAUCACUGCUGGCCCUGCUCCUCACCUUCAUCCUACUGGCUGCCGUUCGCAAGGUGCGAUCCAACCUCCACAACAUCCACAAGAACCUGGUGGCGGCGCUCUUCCUCUCUGAGCUCGUCUUCCUCAUCGGCAUCAACCAGACCGACAACCCGUUCGUCUGCAUGAUGGUGGCCAUUCUGCUGCAUUACUGCUGCGUGUGCAUCUUUGCCUGGAUGUUUGUGGAGGGCCUGCACGUCUACCGCAUGCUGACUGAGCUGCGCAACAUCGACCACGGCCACAUGCGCUUCUACUACGCCAUCGGCUGGGGCGUCUCCGCCGUCGUUGUGGGCUUGGCUGUGGGGUUGGACCCGCAGGGGUACGGGAACCCCGACUUCUGCUGGCUCUCGCUGUAUGACACCCUCAUCUGGAGUUUGUUUGGUCCGUCCUCUCUGGUUGUCCUGGUCAAUGUGGUGAUAUUCGCGCUGGCUUUGAGGGCAACUUGUGGACGGAGGCACCGGUCAUUAGAAAAGUCGGGCUUCAUUUCAGCCCUGCGGAGUGCCUUCCUGCUGCUGCUGCUCAUCAGCGCCACCUGGCUGCUGGGUCUGAUGGCGGUCAACAGUGACAUCAUGGUCUUCCAUUACCUCUUCGCCACUUUCUGCUGUCUGGAGGGUAUAUUCGUCUUUCUCUUCUACUGUGUCUUCAGCAAAGAUGUGCGGAAGAGUCUCAGGAAGGUCUUUGCGGGGAAGAAGGCCCUUCUGGAUGAGUCGAGCACCACUCGUGCCUCGCUGCUGACUCGCUCACUGAACUGCAACACAUUCGCAGAGGAGAGCGCCCUGUACCGCACACCUAUUGGGGAGUCUACCGUAUCCAUGGAGACCAGCAUCAGGGAUGAGUCUGGACAGAAACCUGGUAUCUUCUCGGGCACAGCCAGAGCUGGACACACCAACAAGGACUCCUCUGUUUUCCCCCGGAAUGGUACCAAGGGUGAAGACUCCGACUCUGACAGCGAGCUCUCUGCAGAUGAGCACAGCAUCUCCUAUGCCUCCUCCCACUCGUCUGACAGUGAGGGGGAUGAAGGGAAGGUGAAGGCCAAGUGGAACUCUGAUACAACCAAGAACAAUGAGCGCCAGCUCCUACAUAGCACCCAUAAAGUGGAUGUAGUAUCCAAUCAUGUGCAGCCUAACUGGCCGGUGGAAGUGACAACAGCCAGUGACAGCGAAAGCCCCAGCAGGCCAGAGAAACUGCGGGUGGAGAUGCGGGUGAAUGUGGAGUUGCAUCCCGAGAUCAAACUAAACCACCUGGAAGAGAUGCCCCAAGGCCAGGAGGACCCUCCACCCGACAACAAGCGCCAGUCGGAGCAGAGGAAGGGAAUUCUGAAAAACAAGAUCACUCACCCUCCUCCGCUUGCAGACAAGAACAUGAAGAACCGCCUCCGGGAGAAGCUGUCAGAAUACAGCAGCCCCGCCGUCCCAUCCAGGGCGCCGUCGGCGGCAUCGAGCGAGGGAGCGCGUCCAGUCAGCCAGGGCGAAGGCUUGCUCAUCAAGCCCCUCCAGCGGCCGUCGGUGACCCUCCGGGAACCGGCCAAUGGGGUCACCGUGGCGCUGCAGGCAGAUACUGUGAACAGGGGCGAUGACUCCGACUCCUACGGCAGUAAUGAAACCUCAAUUUGAGCCGUUGUGAGGAAAGCUGGAGAAGCUACGCCCCUCUGUCCUUCAGCUCCUAUGGAGAUCAGUAUUACUGCUGGCUUUUGCCUGCCUAAGUGAAAGGGAAUGAUUGCGUACAUCUGGGUACAGCAGGACGGUGGUCCAUUGCCAAAGCCACUGAAGGAUGUGGAAACUACAAGACCCAGCAUGUACCUGUGCACACACAGAGCAAAUACUAGCCACAGUGACUUUCAAGUCAAAAAACGUGCUGUUGAAGAUUGAUGCAGUGGCAUUUUUUUUUACAUUUUAAAGAAACUUUAAACCUUAAACCUUUGUCUGGGACAAAUUUAUGGACGGCUGUUAAAUCUUAUUCUGUUUUUUUGUGAGCCUUGUUUUAAAGUGUAGAACAGCAGAAUAGCUGUGCGGUCCUACUUGACAUCAUGUUGGGUAACUAGGUUUACAGUCUGCAAGCUUUCCAUCAGGAUGUACUUGAAACACAGGAAGGUUUCCCCUCCCAGAAAACAGUGACAUUGAAGCACAGAAUCUGAACUGUCAGACAUACAGUAACAGAUGUAAGUCCGCAGGACGUCUUCGGCUAUGUGUUUCGACUUUGUUCAUACACAUGACAGGAGCUAAGAUGCUGUGUCAUGUGGUGCGACCCAGCCUAAUAAUUCAUCAUCUGGAACUCCUGUAAGGCAUUGUUCCACAUCUGUUGACACAUCUGCAAUUUCCGUGGUACUUAAGACAUUUAAGGUUAUCUUGAUUAACCUUAAAAAUGCCAAAGGCUGUGUUCCAUUCCUGGAAUACCAUUUGAAAGUGGUAAAAUGGUAAAUAAAUUAUAUUUCUGAUUUAUGAUAUCGCCAUGGAGAUAAUGAUGUCAUGUACAAAUUGGCACAUUUGCCUCUUCCUUGGAGGACCUCAGGAUGACAACACUGCUGAUGCAGAGGGGAGAGAGAGUGAUAGAACCACUCGGAAUGAUCUACAACACAGGACAACCUCUGCUGUGAGACAGCAGUGAAUUUAAGCUUAGUUUAACCACUUAUCUCUGGUUUCUACCAAACGAGACACAUUUCAUGUGUGUCUGUCCUAGCAGUACAGCCACCCCACCUUACCAAACCCUGGUCUUUUUUCUGUAAUCUAUGACACUGGAAUUCUUUUUGUAACAUACACAUAUUUAUUUUGUGUUGUUUUAAGGCUGCAGCAAGACUUUAAAUAAAACAAAAUUUGGAUAAUAA